ACAUGGCCGGCCGCUUGUUUGUGCUUUUAGAGUCAAAAAUGUCUAACAAUGUAUUUUUUAGUGUUUUUAUCUAACCAUUUGUGAUAGUAAUCAUUAAAUUUUCUUGUUUUCUACAUGUUUAAGUGUAACUGUUUAUAGAUCUUAUUUCUUUACUUAUCUUGGUUCUAUAAUUUCAAAAUGUGUGAUAUCAAAGUAGUGAAUCCAGCUGUGCUGAAAUCAAUAGAAAGUUUCAUGAGCGAUUCAGCAUACAGAGAGGCUCUAGAAAAUUCAACAAACUACAAUACCAGAAUAUGUAUUGAGCGAAGACUGCGGAUGCCAUUUUUGGAUUCACAAACAGGUGUUGCGCAGAAUCAUUGCAACCUGUUUAUGUCUCAGAGGCAGCGAAUGCCUGGUCUAAGAGAAGGUCAGAUCUACACCUAUCCAUCAAAACCAUGGCGUAAGAAACGGCGGCAAUAUCUCAUGAAUUUCAUAAGCAGCCGCAGGAAAGACAACGAUUCUGAUAGUAAUGACAUGCACACUAUCAGCACUGUAGAAAACCCUGCCAUAGUCAGCAAUGAGGACAGUAAAGACAGCUCAAGCAAAGAUGAGACCACUGCUAAAGUCGCUGAGUCCUCUUGGUAUUACGAUGAAAUGGAUAUGCAUGACUUGGACGGUUUUGAUGAACCGGAUGCAGAUUCAGAUAUGGACUACGAAGAACCAUCGAAGCGUCGCAAAGGUAAAAGUCGCAGCAAACCAGCUAGCCGCCAAUCACCAGCAGUUGAUUCACCAAGCAGGAGAGGACCUAGCGGAGGAGGAUCAAGGAGUUCUGCAGCGGCAGGGAGAGGGAGGAGAAAAAAUAUGGCGUAUGCUGAUCUAACGGAUACAGACAAACCUUUCUCGUGUGAUCUUUGCGGAGCUCGUUAUAAAACCCGCCCUGGAUUAACAUACCACUACACACAUUCUCAUAAAGAAGGGCGUGUGUGCACCGUUCAAGGAGACGAAGAUGCUAGUCAAGAAGGGCCCCCUUCAUCGCCGGCGAAUAAAGAUAAAUCUCCAGCGGUACCAACCGCCUCAGGUGCUGUUUCACCGGCGAGCAUGACGCCGCCCCAGGCCGGUGCCGGGGCCUCCACCAAUAGCGCCUCGGCUAACUUAGCGCCUCCGGCUCAAGCAGGGAUUUCCGCCGAACAAGGCCCAGGUUGGGGCAAAUUUCAAGACAGUUACCUCACCUUCCUUAAUGCUCCUGGCACGCCGGCAGCCUCGCCGUCGGGGAGUUCGGCAAAAAAAAGACAUCCCUCCUCCACCCCAUCUCCUUCCUCCGGAGGAGUUGACGACAGCAGCCAAAAAGGGUUUCCGGAAGAAGAGACUGAUGGUAAAACCAACUCCGCAAAAGACCCGGAUGCUUUACCUGUAUUGAAGAUGGAUGGUAGGGAAAAAGCUGCCCCGUCUCCAUACUGUGAUUUUUGUCUCGGCGAUGCUGUGGCCAAUAAAAAAUCUGGCCAGCCGGAGGAACUGGUGUCUUGCUCUGACUGCGGCAGAUCGGGACAUCCAACUUGUUUGCAAUUCACGAACAAUAUGAUAGUGUCUGUUCGCAAGUACAGGUGGCAGUGCAUUGAGUGUAAAUGCUGCUCCAUUUGUGGGACUUCAGACAAUGAUGAUCAGUUACUAUUUUGUGAUGACUGCGAUCGUGGCUACCACAUGUAUUGUCUCUCUCCACCUUUAUCAUCUCCGCCGGAAGGAUCCUGGAGCUGUCGAUUAUGUCUGAAAGAAUUCCACUCCAAGUAACCUACAAACCACAGGCUGUAAAUUGAUUCGAUUUAGAAGGACUCUCACUAUGUAUAUAUCUCUUUUUACCAUGCCCCUUGAUUCAAAUAAUAGACGGACCUAUAAUACAAGCUGUACAUUUUGCCGGUGGAAAAAAAUAGUUUCUAAGAGGUCUCCUAAUCCAUGAAAGACGCUUUAACGGAAUAGGUUGAAAAGCUUUAUCUUUUGUACUUUUUACAAUAAUACGAUUUUAUAAAAUGCUGAAAUAGAAUUGUUCAAGAUGGAUACAUGGCUUUAAAACAGAAUUUGAAGGCAAGAAGAAAAAACUUCUCCAAUUUUGCUCUGAAAUUGCACUUUCAUAACUGAAACAGAAGUGCCAAAAAAUGCUUGAUCUCAAUUUUUCCCUACCUGAAAAGUUCUAAUGACUGUUCUACCGUGAUAAGGAGGAACGACGUACAACCGCUUGACAGUUACCAAAUUUUCCUAGUAAAAAAUGUAUUUCUGAGGACUGAUAUCUGUAUUUUUCCUUGAAAUUCUUUGAUAUUUCAGGUUUAAUUGCAAAAAAAAUAGUCUCAAAAAUUUGAAGUAUAAUAUUCAAAAUUUUACCAGAAAAUUUGUCUUUUUUAAAGGAAAUAUGGUGACGUCUGAAGGCACAUACAACGCUCUUUCUUAGUGCGGUAGUGUCGGAGAAAAGAUUUUAAAAAAGCAAUGAUGAAAAAGAUCCAAUUGUUUCACCGUUGCAUUGUUUAUUGCAUACUGGUGGGUUGUAUGUGUUAAUUAUGUCUUUGGGAAUUUUAAAAUUUUCAUCAAUGAAAAUCUGACCAAGUCAGGGCUUCUUUUGCAUGAUGUCUGUAAACGCCGGCAUUGUUAUGUUUUGGUUGUAGUGAUUGAUUUUAUUUUUUUGCUACUAAAAUGAGACUAAUUAAACAGCAGCCAAGUUAAGUUACCGAAAUUAUUAAUUACAGGACGAAAAUGCUUGAGAAAGUCAUCAAUUUUCACAAUCUAUCUUCCCCAGUAUCUAUGUCUGUGACCAACAUCUCUUUUAAAGUGUUUGAUUGCAUGCAUGACUUUUUCUUAAAUAGCUCAUUGUAAUCGCUUGUAAUAGUUCAUUUAACUAAAAUGAUUGGCAAAUAACUCUCCAAUUUUGGCAGUACAUAUAUUGAAAGAACACAGCAUAUUUUUACUGUUUUAAAUGCUCAGUAAGCACCUAUCAUGAUUCAUGUAAUUUGAAGGUUACGAAUUACACAAAGUUCAAUGGUAGUUCAUUAAAUAAUAAUUAAAAUAAUCGAAUUAAAAUUAGAUAGUUCCAAAAAAAUGUAUUAAUCAACUGUUUCAAAAUUUAUCUUUUUCUCGACAAAACUGAAAUUCAGUGCUUAUUUUUUAAACCAAUUUUGACACAUAUUUUUCUAUUCAUGGAAGAAGAGUUGCCAUGUUUAUCCUCUGAAGUUUGAAUUACCAGUUACCGACAUUGAUAUAUUGUGCCACUUUACUUCCAAGGGACUAAUGAACAUAUCGAAGAUGGUAAUGAGAAUGUUUUUCAAACCAAGAAUGAUACAUUAAUGGCUGCAAAAUAUUUUAUAAGUUUUAAGAGAAAAAUAUUUCAGUGAAAUUAAUUGUUAUUGGUUAAAACGAUUUAUUUCUUUCUCAAACUUUGCGGUAUCAACCCAACUUGUCAAAUAUUUCCUAGUAGGAUUGCUUGAGAGAUUCUCUACAGUCUCUAUAAAAGGCUGAAAACUAGCAGAACACCGCGGAGGAGGACUGUCAUGACAAUACUUUUUCCUUCAAAGAAAUGUAAAAUUUUAAACUGAGGCAACCUAGUAGGAUUGCUUGAGAGAUUCUCUACAGUCUCUAUAAAAGGCUGAAAACUAGCAGAACACCGCGGAGGAGGACCGUCAUGACAAUACUUUUUCCUUCAAAGAAAUGUAAAAUUUUAAACUGAACUUUCAUAAAAAAAUAAAUAAGAUACCUUAUCAACUGAAAAUUAAGAUUUUUUUUGUUGAUCAUGCAAAAAAAAAAAAAAAAAAAAAAAUAAAGUAACCACCAGAGACUUACCCAAUGUUUCUGUAAAAAGUAUUUUUACCCCAUCACCUACCUCGUAUUUUUAAAUAUCAUUGUAAGUCUAAAAAUUUGUAAUUUUCCCACCUUCCUGUGAAUUCCUCUCAGGUAAUUCAUUGCUCACCACCAGCUGCUCAAAAUUCUCUUUCUGCUGGUGAAGCCUGUAACUCAGAAACCUGUUUACCUUUCAAGUUCUGUGACUGAAGGAUUAAAGGAUUUUAAUGAAUUAGGUGUUUUAAUCAAAUCAAAAUUUGUUCAAUUUUUAGAUGUAUCUCUGCUUUUAUAUUUUAUUUAUCUUUAAGUAUUUAAGUGUUCAUUGCAAACUUGUAAUUGGGAACCUGUAAAUACCUCUAGCAUGUAUUUGGUAAUUUUCCCCACACUUCUCUGUUGUUUUGUGGCAUCCAUACAAGAGUAAUUGAAUUUUGUGAUGUUACUAAAAUGCAAUUUGCACAUGUUAUUUAUUUUUUUUUACUCCAUCUAAAUUUGAUCUUAAAUUUUCUUCCACAAAAAUGUAUACCUCCAUCAAGGAUGAAGUAAGUCCUCUUUCUCAUUUUUUGAAAAUGUAGUUUUCUUGUCUUUAGUGGAUUUAAUUGAAAUAGCUUCUGAAACAACGUAUAAACCAUCGUUUAGUGGAAACCUCUAUUUUUUCUCAAGUGUCCAAAACAAUGAAAAUGUAAUUCUUCUCACUAAGAAAACUAUAGCCCUAAAAAUAGUGAGUUCCUGAUCAUCUCUACAAAAUGAUUAUUACUCUCACUUUGUAUAUUUUUUUAAGCUAUUUCACUGCAUUUACUUGUGUUAAGCUAGAUAUUCCUUAGCUUUUAACUCUGUGUCAAGGAACAACUGUAAAUCUUCUAUAUUAUUAAAAUUAAAGUACCAUUUUCUACCAUU